AUGGGUAAGGAGGCUGUGAGGAACAGGAAGGAUCCCCUGGACACCCAGGAUGGUGAGGAGCAACUUAAUGAUGGGGAGAAGUGCUACAAGUGCUUGGAGUGUGGGAAGAACUUCAGGCAGAGCAGCACCCUGAUCAGCCACCAGAUGAUCCACACGGGGGAAUGGACCUAUGAGUGUGGGGAAUGUGGGAAGGGCUUCAGCUGCAGCUCCACCCUUGUGACCCACCAACGCAUCCACACUGGGGAGAAGCCCUACGAGCGUCCCGAGUGCCAGAAGAGGUUUCACAUCAGCUCCAAUCUCCUCAGGCCCCACCCUAUUCACACACAGGAGAGGCCCUUCCUCUGCCCUGAGUGCGGGAAGGGCUUCAAGCGCAACUCCCUCCUCAUCAGGCACAAGCGCAUCCACACUGGGGAGAGGCCCUACAAGUGUCCCCUGUGUGGGAAGAGGUUUAAGACCAGCUCAAAUUUCCUCCUGCAUGAGCGGAUUCACACUGGCAAGAGGCACAUUCCACUGUCCUGA